AUGGAGGAUCCCUGGAGUUCCCCCUGGGCCACGGAUACUCCGGCACCUCCGACAAUCGACCUGCCUUCCGAGCCUCAGCAAGCGCAUUAUGGCAAUUCACCCCGCAAGUCGUCGCGAUCGCCCUCACCAUGGGGUCGAGGUAUUGAUAUCGGUAUGGAUGACUGGGGAGGGUGGAACGAGCCACCAGGCGGCAAAGCCAGCCCGUGUUGGGGGAACAGUCCGAAUUUAAAGCCAUUAGGGAGCGGUACGGGCGUAAUGCUAGACCCAUGGGCGCUCGCGGUGACCGAUGAUAAGGAAGGGAUCAAGGAAUCUGACUCCGCCAUUGGUUUGGGGGAUGAUGGGCGGGCGGAUGGACACGAUAACUUGACAAGGCACAGUGAGGGAAAUGGUGUCUGGGGGAAGGAGCAUAUCGAGUCGAAUCAGGAAGAUGCUGCGGUGCCGAGUCAUUCUGUAUACAUGGAACCUACGAGAUUGCUUGGCGAAAAGCAGGCAUCCAAGGUGCAAGAGUUGGUGGAAAUGUACGAUGGCAUGGCAAAGACAUUGAGUGUGGAGGCGACGAGGACAGAAACGGUGACAACAAAAGAUACACAGGUCACUGAAGCCAAGGUUUCGGACCAUGUGGAUGAUGGAUUAGUCCCGGAUGCCCCAAUACCGCCUGCAACGACAUCUACCCGUCCGAUGGGCAAUGACGAAAUGGCCCCAGUAGCGGACAAAUGCGAAGCCGGACCUGUUGAUCUGAAUCCGAAGACCGAGGAGUCAGGUCCUGAUUUGCAAACUGCAUCUGAGCUUGGCAACGGCGGAGUAACAAGCGAAGUGGUUCUUGUCCCAGAGAAAGAUGCAAAGCCAGAUCAAAUGACACAGCACCACGGCUCGACCCCGCCAACCGACGAAGCAACUGAAAAUAAUACCCUAUCACACAAUCCAGGGACAUCAAUACCGUACCCUAUCGACUUUUCCAGUCUCAAUAUUCUAUUUCCCAACACACAAGCGGCCGCCAACACUCCCGAAGAGCUUCCCGAGUCCAUCAUUAAAGAGUCGUUCACCUCUGUAUCACAGCGGAAAGCCUGGUAUCGCAUAUCCCGGUUCGGCUCUAUACGGAAACACAACGGCGGCGACGACGACAACUACGUCAGGGUGGCGUGGAAGAAUUCAACCAUUCGCAAAGACACAUUGGACACGGUCCGCCGAUGGAUGGAAGAGGACAGAAUCGGGGGAAGAGUGGUUUUAGGACGAAGAUUGGGCCACGGAGGGGGCAGCAUGUUUAAUUGGGAUUCCGAAGCACCACCCGUCGAGAUUGGUGAGCUGUUAGCCAGGAAAAAGCAGAAGCCAAAAGGACAUGCCCAGCAGUUUUCGGCUACCCUAGCGGGGACUGUCACAUCGCCGAUAAUUGCAUCGUUUGGAUGGAGCAGCAGUGUGCCAUCGUCGCCCGCAACGGAGAGGAUUUCUUCUGAGUGGCAUGCGAAGUCGUCUCGACUGCCUGAGACGACGGUGAGGGACAGGGCGGAGGACAAGCAAGUAUCAGCGGACAUGCCUGAACCUCACCAAAGUCCGAAACCGUCAGCAGCCCAGGUGGUAUCAUCUGCCUUGGCACCGAUACCUGUAUCGCAGGACGAAGAUGACGAUUGGGGGGAUAUGGUGUCUUGUCCAACUUUGGAAUCUACUGCCGCGUUGGAUACAGCCUCUCAUAUCGAGGCGGCAUACCCCCCGACCCUGGAACCCGACGCGGAGGCGUCCAUUCCGAAGGCGAACGAACCGGUGCAUGCUUCAAAUGCCCUGACAGAGGAACCAGACCCCUGGGGAGGCUUGGAGUUCUUUGGCGGCAAUUCGACGGGACAAACUUCACAGCCCAUGCCAUUGGCACAAGAAGACACCGCAGCGUUAUUACCUGCACCCGAAAACGCCUCCAUGCCAGCCCCCCUUGGGCAAACUAGAGAGGAUGAAUCCAUUCACACGCCGUUGCAGUUUUCAAGUUCCACAUCUUCAAGACCAGCGAGCAUUGAAUCUGCGACUUUGAACCCCCAGGAUGACGAGGCAGUGACCACUAUUCUGGCUGGACUGCCAGACUUGUCAUAUAUGAUGAGAUAA